AUGAAUCCCACUGCUGCAAUUAUUGGUAAAGGUCUGCUGCUGCCUGCAUUUGGAUUUACUUUAGGACUGGGUUAUUUCAUCAAGGCGUGGCCAGAUGAAGCAGGGUCUAUGACUUUACAGGAUAGCGAUUCCUCACGGAAACGGGGUCAGUCGAAUCUGCAACUGCAGAGACACGACGUGGUGGAGAAGAUUGCGCGACAUGGACUGUAUCAGAAGCUGAUGAAAGAUCCGAACUUCGAUCAUUCUUUGCAGAGUCAUAAGAUUCCUCCCGGUCAUCGCGCAUAUCAUGUCGGACAGGGCAUCCUGUUUGGUCCCGAUAAGCUGGCAAUAGAUCCGUUGAUAUUGGCCGACACCAAGAGGCAUGAAGUUGUCAUAUUCUACCAUCUGGGGAAGGACUUGGGCAACGAGAACGGCAAGAUCCACAAGGGCGUGCUUUCGCUGAUUCUCGACGAAGCGCUGUGCUACUGCGGGUUUCCGACUCUACCUAGCAAGAGAGGUGUCACGGCCAAACUGGACAUCCAGUUCGACAAGGACAUUCCCGCAGAUUCUACGGUCGUGCUGAGAGCGCGAGUGUCCGAGUUCAAGGGCAGGAAGUGUGUGAUUGAAGGUACGUUAGAGAGUCUACCUCGCGUCUCCAACAGCUGGAUAAACGCUCUUUGGGGACCAUCACAGUAUGCCAGGGCCAAGUGCAUUCUAGUGGAGCCCAAAUGGUUCAAAUACAUCAGUUGGCUCAACGUCUUUUAA